GAUCACUGUAUCUUACCUCAUUAGAAUGGCUCUUGAAUGUAUAGGCUAUUUUAAAAACUGAAUGAGUGCCGUGUCUUGAAAAUUUUGCAACUAGAGCUGUAUUUUGAAAUUACGACCGGAUGUAGGCUACAACUUGAUAUCUCAACCUUGACAACUGUGAUAAAAUCCACGGUGCGCUCCGCGAUAACAGCAAUUGACUGUCCAGAGCGGAGAGAGCACCCAGGGGACUUAUAAAGAUUAUCAUGACAAUCACCAACUAUUAAAGAAUACGAUUUAAAUUCAACUUGUGCCUCUCUGGGUCACACGUCUUUUCAGACUGGCAAAAUGGGAGAUUUGGAAAAAGUGACUCCAUCCAAACGGUCUUCAUGUGUGUCCAACUCCUCGUUGAAGUGGAGCGGGCCGUUUGAGCGCAUCGCUGGACUUGUUCGGUGUGUCUGUGCGCGCGGUGAGAACAAGUCUACAAUGUUUUUGGCACCAAAUUAACUAUGUGCGCGCACAUCCUGGAGUCCAACUCCAGCGGCAACUUGACGCUCGCGGUGUCUGAGGCUGGGACUGUCCUCCCGGGAUACCUGACGGUGAUCUUGUCGGUCCUCAUGGUCACUCUGGUUGUCGUGGUUGUGGCUGGGAACGCGCUGGUCAUCAUGGCUUUUGUUGUGGAUAAAACCCUGAGAAAUCAAAGCAACUACUUCUUUCUGAACCUUGCUAUAUCUGAUUUUCUCGUGGGUGCAUUCUGCAUCCCGGUGUACAUUCCGUACAACCUGACAGGCAGGUGGAUGCUGGGUAAGGGUCUCUGCAAAGUGUGGCUGGUCAUGGACUACCUCCUCUGCACCGCUUCUGUCUUCAACAUUGUCCUCAUUAGUUAUGACCGCUUCCUGUCAGUCACAAGAGCAGUGAAAUACCGAGCGCAAAGAAACAUGACCCGCCAGGCUGUGUUGAAGAUGGUGGCGGUGUGGGUGCUGGCCUUCCUCCUUUACGGCCCCGCCAUCAUUUUCUGGGAGACCAUCGUUGGCCAGAGCGUCGUCCCACCCCACGAGUGCUACGCCGAGUUUUAUUUCACCUGGUACUUCCUGCUCAGCGCUUCGACCUUUGAGUUCUUCACCCCGUUCGUGUCGGUGGCCUUCUUCAACCUCAGCAUCUACCUGAAUAUCCAUCGCAGGAAUAAGAGCGGGGGCGCCUGCGCCGAGGAAGAAGCCAGGCCGCAGAGGAACAGUAACAGCCACAAAGACAGAGGCGGCUGGUCUGUGUUCUUCGUCAAGACUAGGAAGGUGUCAUCCAGUGAGCCCACUGCAAUCUCUGCAGUUAUAGAGGAUGAUGACAUCCUGUCCCCCUCUUCCAGUGGGGACCCGAACACCAGCCAGAUAUUCAUGCAGAGGGAGAAGUUGUCCCCCAGCAGAAAAAACUCCAGGCUGUUUCAGCACACGGCGUCCUGCAUUGCGCCUGGCCGUAGGACGCAGGGAUCUCGUCUGUCCCGAGACAAAAAGAUUGCGAAAUCACUGGCCAUUAUAGUCUGCAUUUUCGGGAUAUGCUGGGCCCCAUAUACUCUCCUAAUGAUAAUCCGUGCCGUCUGCAGCGGUGAAUGUGUGGCGCACUACUGGUACGAGAUUACAUUUUGGCUUCUGUGGUUGAACUCUGCCAUCAACCCAUUCUUAUACCCUCUGUGCCACAGCAGCUUUCGAAGGGCUUUCUCAAAGAUACUGUGUCCGAAAAGACAAUCGGUGCAACCUCAGAUUGAGAUUCAGUCUUGUUAGAUGCACUACCUUAGUUUAUGAAUGCAUAAAACGUUGUUGGUCAAACACUGUAAAGUACAAAGAAAAAAAAAAAAAAAAAAAAAAAAAACUCCAUGUAUUGUUCUUCCACAAGAAAAACAAAAUGUUUCAAAGGUUAGAAGAAUGUUUCAAUUGAAUGGAGGAUUGUCACAGCAAUACGACGGUGCACUGCAGUCGGCUUUCACAGGCAAUCUCUGUAAAUAGGACAGGAAGGAGUGACGUGGCUUAGGCUUUCUCACCACCGAGUUCUUUUUGUGCUUAAUGCUUGGAAAUGAUGACUUAUACAGCCAGAUAGGAGGUGAUUACCAUAAUUUCGUGUAAGAUAUUAUAUCAAAACUUCAGCACAUCAAGUUCUUAAAUUCUGCUCCGUCUGAAUAGAAGCACAGCAGAGAGUGAGACGACAGCCUCAACUACUAUCCAGCCAUUUUAAUGACUGCUGAGACAAGAAAACCUUUCAACUCCCAUUUAGAUGAAGCUGAUGCGAAGCGUAAGGUCAUAAUGGUCCUUUAAUAGUUCCCUACGCACGAGGCCCUUUCACCUCCCUGUUCAUAGGUGUUGAUUUGAAAGGGAAGACCUUCUGCUUAGUAAGAUACUUUGCAAAUUGAAACCUUUCAUCAUGCAGCAAUAGAAUAACAAAUGUAGACUACUCUGAGUUCAAAGCAACAUGAAAUGAGAGAGAGCUGUAUUUGUCUACUGACUACUGAGUGUACUUUUAUCAUGGGGAUAUUUUAUACAUUGUUUUAUCUGAAAAGUGAUCAAGGGGCUGGGGAAAUCAGCUGGUGUCCGCCAACACUGACUCUCACACUUGAAAAGUUGUUCUUGUUGAUGCUACAAAUGUAAAGCACUAUGGAAUAAGACAAGAAUUAAAAGUUUUGUACUGUAUGAUCUAUGCCAAGUCAGACAGUUGUGUUCAUUACCUGCAGUAUUUAUCCCAAGAUUAGUUUACACCCCCGAAAUACUACUAUUCCACUACUUUGUAUUUUGGUUAUGGAUGUUUGUCGGUGUAGUAGCCAAAGAAAGAAUAAAAUGAAGACUGCCUACGGGA